GAUAAACACCCCGUUAAUUGCCGGCUUAAUGUUUUGGUUUUGCUGAAACUGGGAAAAAUAUUGAAAAACGAUAGAAAAUAAUAUAAAAACAUGACAAACAACGAGGAAAAUGAGUUGUACAUGGUGAAGGAGGCGCAAAGUCUUCGAAAAAGCGAUCCAUGUGCGGCAAUGGCCUGGAUAAUCACUGCGAAGACCAUGUAUCCAAAUUCCUUUAACUUGCAAUAUGAGGCUUAUUUACUGGAAAGGGAUGGUAAAAAUUAUGAGGAGGCGGCCAAGUGUUUCAGCGUCAUAGCCACCAAUUUCCCCAAUCAACAUGCAGAAUUAUGGCAGGAGAUAAACGCCCUAACAAAUGCGCUGAGAAAUGAAAAUGAAAACACUCCGGAACAGGAGUUCUAUGUAAAAAUGUACAAACAUCUAACACCGGAGGUUCAGCAUAAUAUAUUCAUGCACACAAUCAAUCACAGUGGCGAUAAUCUGGAGCAGUGCGUCUAUAUCUACAUAUUGAUGUUCAAUAAGUUUCCCAAAUCGGCCGUAACUCAAGCGCCCAGAUUACUGGAAAUGCUUGCCGAGGGCAUGAAAACGGAUCCGGAUCUUUAUCAAAGGAUUCUGGUGGAGGAGGUGCUGCCCAUGAUUCAGAAUAAACCACCUGAACUCUCGCCAAAUCUUGCCUGCCGGCUAUAUACCAGUUCUCUGGAGUUUUAUCUCCGUCAGAUCAUGGAUGAAUCGGAUACGGCGGAUGCCUGGAAGAACAUCUUUAAGGUCCUGAUGAUCUGUGGCCAGAUGAUGGGCUGGGAACCCUUUCUGCCCUUCAGUAAGAAUGUUAACCAGAAUGUCUACUGGGAAAAGCUGGUGGACAUACUCUCUGGCAGUCCGGCAGGCAGUUCCCAGGUUUUAUUCUAUGCCACGACCUUGUUUAUUUACUCCCUGCACGGAUAUAUAAGGAACUGCAAGCUGAGGAUCGAAGAUGCGGAUAUUAGUCACGUUUUGGUCGAGGGAUUCAUAGAGUGGUCGCCGGAAGCAGCGGAUGGCUCCGAAGUGCCCAGCAUGGAACCGCCGAAAUUCUCCCUCACCACCGCUUUAAGUCCGGAGCUAUCCAAGGCCUUUUUGCAUGCCGCCCAAUGCUGGCAGCUGCUUAAUACAGAUCAAUUUCAAAGGGAUUUCAGUCAACUAAUGCUCGCACUUCCUUUGGCGCCUUGGAUCUCAAGGUUUCUCUUCGAUUUGGCCAUAUAUUUCGGGCAUAGAGAUGAGGCCAACAAGCUAAUGGCCGACAUGACCACGCAAAGCAGCCUGGUUCAAAGUCUCCAGAUUCUCAGUCUUAAUCUGAUGCAGGGCAGCAUGACUCUCCAGGGCUUCCAGUGCAUUUUAAAGAUCCUCUCCGAACUGCCGGCUACUCAAGGUCAACUUUUAGAGAACAUGUCGCUCAAAGGCCAUCGCCACAUGGUUUUCCUGCCUCUCACUCGAUCGGCUUUGGUUCAGUAUUGUGUGGGUGCCAUUAUCAGCAGACUGAGUCGGAAGGUUUACGAACCCAAUUGUCCAGAUCGAUUGCUUGGGGAUCUGCUGGUUUUGCAGCAGCUGAAUCUCCUAAAUGAUGUGCUGCUCACCCAACAAAUCUUCAACUUGAUUAAGCAACGCAAAUCGUUUAAUUUGCGCACUUUAUCCACCUAUAUAAUUGCCAUCGAUUUGCUUGAGGAACUCUCGCACAUUUGGAACUCGCAGCAGGAGGAUAAUUUCGAGCUGACCAGCUCACCCAUUUCCAGUGGCACACCAACAGCACCAAGUGGAGCUGCAGGUGGCGGAUCCCAAACCCGAAGGAUUGGAACACGCGGAGCAGAUAAAGGAGCCAGGGAUGAAUUCAAGGCAAUUACUCGUCAGCAAAUCGCCCGCUGCAAUGAGAAUGUAAUCACUUUGCUGGCGAAUUUCAUCAGUCAGGAGCAUUUAAUGCUGGCCCAGCACAUCUUCGGUAUCACCCAGCCCGUGGAAACGAUUGUUAUUAAGUGAGGAAGGGAGAUUCCCGAGCUAUUUAGUGACUAAGGGGGGUUUUUUUAUAUAAGAUAACAGUGUAUAAUUGUUUUUUAAAACACGUUGUCUGAUGACUUCGAUUAAAUUUAGUUUUACUACUUAUAAUCAAAGAUUUAAUAUGAAAUUGUAAAUGUGUGUGUGAAGCUUACAAAUCUAAUCAAUAUUUUAGCUGAUAAGAAAGCAGUCAAUUGAGAAUUUCCAUUUUCACCACUAGUUUAUUCACUUGUGUUUCAUCGAGUAAUUCAAAUUUACAAGAUUAGGUUUUUUAGAUUAUAAACGACUAGAUGUUUUAUUUCUUAUGAAUAUAUUACAAAUAUAUUUGUUUUUGCAACUGAUAAA